UUAUUAACAAAAAUUGUCUAUGACGCAUAUUCAAUAAAUACAUAUUACUCAUUAUUGUAAUCCUAUUGAAUAUUCUAUUAUUGGUGCUACAAUUUAAAAAUAUCUGUGAUCAUUUUCACUUUCUCUCUAAAACUCAUCUCUAAUACCUUGCUUAUCAUCUGCCGAAAGUACAGAGUAUUUGCAAAUAUGGCGUUGCUUUAUACGAGGUUUCUUUGCCGACGCAAUGUUGAUUUUCGACUUUUUCGAGGCCUAUAUACAUCUAGCACAAAAAUGACAAAUCUUUCACGCGUAGUCUGUGAAACCCAUGAUGAGAGAAAUAUGCGUUUGAAAAGACCAAUGUCACCACAUCUGACAAUCUAUGAAUUCCCAUUGCCAGCAAUGCUCUCAAUAACACAUCGAACUACUGGCAUAAUAUUAUCUUCUUAUGCAAUGUUCCUUGGUUUAGGUACACUGUGUAUACCAGGUGGUAUUCCCUGUGCUAUAGAAAUAUUGAACGAUUUAUAUAUACCCUCACUCAUAUUGUUCGUUGGCAAGACAUUGUUAGCUCUGCCUAUUACCUUUCAUAUAUUAAAUGGAAUACGUCAUUUGGCUUGGGAUUUAGGGAUGUUUCUUAAAAUCAAAGAAGUAUAUAGCACUGGAUAUGUAGUAUCUGCAUUAGCAGCCAUCUCUGCACUUGUACUUGCAGCAAUGUAAAAGUUAUUCUCAUGAACCAGAAAAUUUUUUUUUAAAUUAGUUGUAUUAGCAGAUUGCUCCAAACUUGUAUUAUUAAUACUACUUUAACUAUUGUGGAUAAAAUAAUUUAAUA